ACAGGCAAAGCUGCAUCAGUAGAAUUAGAGGCUUUAUGACUGGCUGGACAUACUUCAUGCAUAAAAUUCCUGUGUAAAACGUCAUAGCUGUGUUGUAUUGGCUCAGUACUGUUAUGGAACUGUGUCAUUAAAUCAGUUUUCCAUCAUGUUUUUUUUAAAAAACAUGACCUGCUGGUCCACACACCGUAGUUUCUUACUGAUUACUAACCAUGUUCGUUUAAAUCUGGACUGAGUUGGCCUUGACUCAUACAGAUGUUCUAAUAUUUAGGGGUGUAAUGAUGUAUGGGACAUUAGGAUGUGUUGCCAGUCUCACAAAAUGACAAAUUUAAAUUCACAAAAAAUAAUGUGUACUUUUCAAAUGUAGCACAAUACUUGAAACAGUGUUGUUUUCUCUGAGCCUCCCAGUGUUUGUUGCUCAGCAGUAAAUAAAAGACAAAACAAAAGCAGAGUUUGGCAAUAUCAAAACAACAUGUGGCAACACAUAUAGGAGAUAUCUAAGCGACCACAGGACCGCAACACAGUACCAUGUGUGAUGAAUUUAGAACUUUGUGACAACAAUAAAGCAUAUUGUUACACCCCUACUGCGUAUUUGUAAAUUUUAGAGCUACAUGAUUUGUUGAUUAAUUGAUUUAUUGGUCUCCAGAGAGAAAGUAAUCGACCACCAUUGUAUUAUUUAAGUCAUUUAUCAUGCAGAAAACUGUUUCGAGCUCCUCAGAUGUGAAUAUUUGCUAUUGUUUUAGCCUUCAAUGAUAGUACGUUCAAUGUAUUUUGGUACAUAUCCAUAUAUUUUGCAUUAUUUAUCAUUUUAUUACAUUUUUUUUUGUUGCAAAAUACCCCAAAGGCUAUUGGGAUUAAAAGGGAUUAUUUUCAUUAUCUAUUAAUCCACUGGCUCCCAACCCCCACUAGGGGUCACUAAAGCUUCAGAGGAGCUUGUGAGGCCUCCUUGAUUUUAAGACAUAUGAAGACCUGAACAUGACAAAUGUAUUCACAGAGCCUUCCCGCUCUGUAAAACAGCCUAGUCCUGUUUCAAAAAGAAGGAAACACUGAAAUAGUCAAAAAAUGAAGGCCGAUUUAGUAUAUUGUUUAAAUAAAAAAUAAAACAUCAUACAGAGAUUUGUGUGGAAAAGUUCCUCAAAAUAACAGGAAAACUCAUCUAAUGCAAAUUCACUGGAAAUAAUUUGCUCAGAAUUCAUCCAAAGUGCAUGUUUUACACAAGCUUCCUGCAGUUAUUGCGUUUACUAUUUGGGUUCAUUGUACAGUUUGUCAGUUGUUCUGUACUGUUAAUGUUUUGCAUUAAAUAUAAUAUGAAACAUUCAUAAAAUAUGUUAGUCAAGGCUUUGUCAGUUUAUUGAUAGAAAGCCUUUUGUAGGCUUAGGCACAGUACCCUGGCACUUUUGGGCACCACCGAAGCCAAAUGAAUGUAAAAUCAAUGUAGAGAGCAUCAAAAAAGAAACUAAAUGACUCUUCCCAGAUCUAAUGGUUGUAGUUCCCAGUGGACUUCUAGCAAGUUUUGUCAUUAAGGUUUUUGGCUUUAACAGGGGACUAUCAAACCCCCGGGCAAAUAUGUGUACCUAAGUCAGACAGGCAACCAUGGUGAUGAAUAACUGUCAAAAAAUCCAAAAACAUAUAAUAUUCUAUCAUGAAAAACAGAAAAUAUUCACUCUUGAAAAGCUCAAAACAGUGAAUUUGUGCUUAAAAACGACUUGGCACAAUUAAUAGAAGUUUGUUGAUAUGCAAAUUAAUCAAUCAGUUAAUCGACUCAUUGUUGCAGCCCCACAACAUUUUAGUAGUUGAUGUGUUUUACGGUGUUUUAUAAAAUUGAUUGGUUCAUAUGGUUAGUAAUCAAAACAUUUUACUGUUCUUAUUCAUAUCAUAUGUUGCAAUCAUUGUCAUCAGUUAUUAGGAUCUGCCUGCUCCUUUUAUUUUUCUUUAUACCCAGAUCUGUUGGGUGUAUAAAUAAUCACCUUGAUUAUCUGAAGGUGAAACUGGGUGGGCUGCAUUUUCCUUUUAAUCAUAUCCAUACUUCCCAGUUGAUUGGGUUUUGUCUCUGAGCAUUUGAUGAGCUGUCACAAAGUUGAUCUACAUCUCAAAAGCGAUCAGUGUUGAUCUGAUCGGUGAUGAUGCCUUUUUUAAAGCGCGCCAGUGAUCAAUGUAAUUUGGUGUACUGAAAUAGCCCACCAUAAGGAACAGGCAGCCAACCCCAUCAGUCACGUGGUACAGGGUGCAGCAACGUCAUUAGGGCAGAGAUUUGUGAAGAAUAAGCAGACAGAACGAGAGAAACCCGGAGGUGCGGCACUUUCUUAGCAUUUGCAUCGUUCCUGUUGUUGUUUUUUUCCUGGCCAGAGAGAGAACAGAGUAUCUGUUCAACAUUUUAGAGACCCAAAUGCCCGGUCCCACCCAAGCCCUUUCCCCAAAUGGAGAGAAUAACAACGACAUCGUCCCGGACAACGGAACCAACAUCAUUCCUUACAGGAAAAAUACAGUGCGAGGAGAGCGCGCCUACAGUUGGGGGAUGGCGGUCAAUGUAUAUUCUACCUCAAUAACCCAGGAGACUAUGAGCAGGCAUGACAUCACUGCCUGGGUUAACGAUAUUCUCUGCCUAAACUAUACGAAAGUGGAGCAGCUCUCCUCAGGAGCUGCGUAUUGCCAGUUCAUGGAUCUGCUCUUCCCUGGCUGCAUCAGUCUUAAGAAGGUCAAGUUUCAAGCUAAGUUAGAGCACGAGUACAUUCACAAUUUCAAACUGUUACAGGCAUCCUUCAAACGGAUGAAUGUGGACAAGAUUAUUCCUGUGGAGAAACUGGUUAAAGGCAGAUUUCAGGACAAUCUUGAUUUCAUCCAGUGGUUUAAGAAGUUCUUUGAUGCCAAUUACGACGGAAAAGAGUAUGACCCAGUUGCAGCCAGACAGGGUCAGGAUGCCAUUCCCCCACCUGACCCCGGUGAGCAGAUCUUCAACCUGCCAAAGAAGUCCCACCAUGCAGCCAGCUCCCCGACUGCAGGAGCAUCAAGGUCAGCCUCUACAACCCCCAAAUCCUCAACACCAACAUCCAGACCCUCGUCAGCCAAAAAGAUCCCUGCAGUUGCAACACCGACUCCUGCCAAAGGAGAGAAAGAACUGGAAGCACAGGUCACACAUCUUACCGAGGAGCUGAACACAUUAAAGUCGGCACUGGAAGGAGUGGAGAAGGAGAGGGACUACUAUUUCAGCAAGCUGCGAGAAGUGGAGCUGUUGUGCCAGGAACAGGGUGAAGAAAAUGCCCCGUUUGUUGAUCGGCUAAUGGAGGUCCUUUAUGCUUCAGACGAACAGGAAGGAGCAGAGCUGGCUGAGGGUGACGGAGAGGAAGUGGACCAGCAAGGCCAUGAGGAGGUGGCGGAUGAUCAGCAGGAGGAGCAGGAUGAAUACUGACCGCCACCACCCCUCACUGCAGGCACACCCCUGUUUUUAAUAUGUGAGAACUGUUAAAGGAUUUUUAUUUUUUCCUCAUGGUUUUAAGUUUUUGUUCUCUCCAAGACUGAGCACAUGAAGCAACCUCCUGAAUAGAAGCACCAUCACAGUUUUUGUUUUUUGCAUCCCUCUGCUCACUGUUUGAUGUUUUUGUGACUUUUGGUGAACUGCUGAGGCAGGUUUGUGGUGACGGCCUCCACCAGCAGAACAAGCUCAGACCAUCACAGAAGAUCCCGAGGACUGUGUGGGUGGAAAGUCAAUUCAAGUCCUACAGUAGACGUGGUGAAAUGCUGAAGUUUAGACGGGUAUGUGUUACCUGUCAGUGCAAGUGUUAACUUCCCAGCUUCUGUCCUAUUUUUAUUUUGUGUUUUUUUUAUUUUGCAUAUCAACUAUAAAUCACAAGAAUGCAAUAAGCAAAGCCCUGAAAGGGCUCGUAGUAGCUCUUAUUUAACCUCCUUCCAUACGUUGCACUGACAUUUGACUCUGUAUUGGACAAUCUGUCCAUAGACCCUCACCAUAUUUAUUAUUAUUAUUAUUAUUAUUAUUAUUAUUAUUAAGCCUUAGGAAUAGUGUGAGAUAUUGCAUCCUCAUGAAGGAGGACAAUACAGUCAAUGAAUUGUGAAUAAAAUGUAGUAUAAGGACAACUAUUCUCACAAAUUACACAAUUUCAGAUAAUCAGUGUGCUCAACAAUGUGUUUUCACACCAUACAAGGUGGUUUGGUAAUAGAGUUAACUUGGUAUGCCAUAAACGUAGGGAAGGAAGAAACAUCAUCGUGGACUAGUCUUAUUACGAUGCAGCUUUUUAAGUUUUAAACCUCAGCUGGAACUUGUGGUCUGUUCAGAUUUCAGGUGGGUUUUUUUUAAGCCACAGGUCUUAGGGAGAGUCGGUUCACUGAGUAAUUUGCCAUGCUAUAUUCCAGAAAGUACAUUGUAUACCCUUUCUUAAUAUUGCAUUUACUAAUAUUGAACUGGGCAGUGCACCAUAAUGCUUUAGUUAUAUAUUAUUGUGUAAAUGAAAAGGAAUGUAAACAUGUACUGUCAAUAAUUAAUGAAUGGUAAAUGUUUUUUUUCAUGUCCCACUCAUUAUGCAUUCCCCAAAAACGUGUUGCAUGUUUGCAUUUUAUUUGUGAAUAACUUGACCUGCUUUUUACAUAUUUAAUAAAAAAACAAGUAUGUUAAGUGAGCUUUUUGUAUGUUUAACCUGCUAUUUGAAAGAUGUUGAGAUUCGGAUGGAUUUGCUGUAAUAAAUUACGUUUUGAGUCCA